GUUAAGAGAGAAUGAAAAAGACACGACUUGAGAAAGACAAACACUGAAGCCAGGAGUGAGAGAGAAAUAACCAAAACAUGUCUGUCUGAGGGAAAUGGACACCAAAUCCAGUCCAGAACUGAGCAAUGUCAUGGCCCCAGAGGAAACUGCACCUGAUGACAAAAAUGAAAGACAGCAAGAGGAAGAGAAAGAAACAGACACUGGUACCCCGGAUGGAUUCUAUGCAGUAAUAUCAUCCAGCCAACAGAGGGCACAAGCGAAACACAGAUACAAUACUGUAGGCUAUCAGAAAAAGAAGCAGAGGUCGGCUGUGGACUUUUCUACAGUGAGCAAGGUAACAUCUACUGGUGUCAAGACCAGGGGUGCAUUAAUGCAGGUGUUUUUCAGCCAGGGAGCAUCUGACAAAAAUUCCACACAGGAGGAUCGAUCCGGUGGUGUACAGGGGCAGGUGGAUACACUGAAGCAGGUUCUGGACUCUUUUACUGUACCUGCUGACCUGAGGUGGAUGUGGGGAGAGGGAUGUACUGAAAAAGCACUGGAACAGACCUGGACUGAUAUGGUGUACUCCUAUGAGUCGAUGUCGAAAACCCAGAGAAACCAGCAGGAGGCGCUGUGGGAACUGCUUAAUACUGAGCUCACCUACAUCAACAAACUAUAUAUUGCCAAAGACCUUGUGCUGGCUGCACUGUCACACUGCCAUGGACACGGAUUCCUUCAAGAAAUCACACCAAGAAUGCUCUUUUCCAAUCUUCCCUCUAUCCUUGAUGCACAUCAAAUCUUUUGGCAGGAAGUGAUGUAUCCAAUGUUACAAGAGGUCCGUCUCACUGGACGACCAUUUGACCCCCUGAGACUUGAGGCAGGAUGUUUACAGUUUCCUGAACGUUUUUCUGCAUACUUUGAAUACUGUUGGGAAGAGGAGAGAAAUGUUGUGUUUACACGCAGACAGCAUGACACAAACCCACAAUUUCACACAUAUCUUACGUGGGUGGAAAAUCACCCGCAUUGUCGGCGAAUGAGGCUGGGCGAUAUGCAGGCUAAACCUCACCAAAGAAUUACCCAAUACCGCCUUCUGCUAAAAGCAAUUUUGAAGGCCACAGAGGACCUCCCCAUCCAAAAUGCACUUCGGAGAAUGCUGAACAGUGUCAAUAAUUAUGUGGAAUCAAUCAAUGACUACCUACAAAUUAGAAAGGAUGAACUUGCCCUUUCUAUUGCUGCUCAAAGAAUAGAGGGAUACCAAAUAGAAGGUUUGAGUGAAGAAAUAGACAAGCAUGUUCGAGAUAACUGCUGCUUUGAUCUGACGAGCCCAAUGAGGGGGGUGUGGCCUAAGGUCAUACGGAAGCAGUUAUUGGAAGAAUCAUUGAAGGUCAGAGGAAGGAAGGACAAUAAGGAGCUUGUGGUCUUGCUCUUCACUGAUGUGCUGUUGAUGACUAAAACUCAGAAGAAAUCCGACAAGCUGAAAGUAGUGCGCCCCCCUCUACCUCUGGAGAGGAUAGACUGCAUUGAGCUGAAAGAUGGCUAUUCAUUUGUGCUGGUGGAGGUUGGUGAUCUGGGUUGUGCUGUCAGUGUAUAUUGUCUGUCCACACCCAGCCCAGACAGCUGCUCGUCAUGGGUGUCUGCUCUGUGUGAGGCUCAGACUGCCCUAGACACCCUGAGGAAAAAUCAUUCAAACAAAACACUGAAGACAGCAAAUGAGACCGAGACAAAUGGAUUAGAAAUACCUCUCACUCAUGAUGAACGGACCACAACAGUCAAGGAGGAUUCCAGUAGUCAAUCAGAAUGUGAUAGUGAUUCUCUCUCAUUGAAUGCACCUUAUUCGAAAAAAAUGAACAGCAUCUCUGAUGAGCAAGCAAAAGUUCAACAGAGCACUGCUCUAAUUGGUCAACAGAAUGGUCAUAUCCAAUCCGUUCAUGGAGGGGUUGCGAAAAAGAAUGAAAGUGGACUGAUGGGAACCGAAGGGAGAUACAGAAAAAAUAGUAAUGGGAAGCAAUGGGAAGAGAGGCGAGUCACAUGGAACUCUAAGGACAUUACACAACAGGACUUAUUUGUGAAAGACCAUUCAAAUGGAACAAACUCUUUGUUGAAUGAAAAUGGAACUUCCAGCCAACCCACACCAAGCAGCUCUUUAUCAAACAAGUCUCUUUUAAGUCAAACACAGUACAAGGUCAUAGUAGAAAAAGACCUAGAUGGAUCGGAACACGAGGAAACCAGGAGGGAAUCUUUGUAUAGCCUAUCAGAGGAUGGUGAUGGGUUUCUCACUGAAUCAGGCAGGUUCUCCAGGAAGUUGAACUCUCCCAGGUUUCGUAGGAAGCGUCCGAUUAAUUCACCACCUUCUGUCCCACCGGAAAGCUUCAGGAUGGUUUCAUGUGGGGAUGGAUCAUUAGAAUUUACUCCCAAAACAAACUCUGAUGACAACAAGGGAAGGGCUUCCAACACUUUCAUUAAACAUCAGGAUACCCACCGAGUCUUAAAGCUGGGAUCUUUAAAGAACAACCACAGCGUCCUUUGGCCUGUGCCUGAAUUGAGAUCAUCACCAGACCUACAGACACUCUUAGAGCCUGAGCAAUCAGAUGAAGGGAUCCUUCAAAUGAAACCCAAUCUGAAGGGACAGAGGAAUGCCUCCAUCCCAGAGCUCUCUCCCUUCCUGCCUGACCACAGACUCAGCCCCUCACCACCACCUGCUUUGGACCCCCAACUUCACCCUUCUCCUCUCCAGGAUCUGCUGCAGAGAGCAAAGGAGCGGGAAAAGGAUCAUGGAUUUCGAAAAAGAGAGGGAAUGGCAAAAGUUACAACUUUUUCUCUCCAAAAUUCUCCAACAAUCUCACCCUCUUCAUCACCGUCGGACAGUGAAUAUGAGAGACAGGUAGAUGGAGAGGAAUCACAAGUACACGGUAUGAUUUCUGCAUGGGGAUGGAGAGAGGGAAAUGUGGAUGGAUAUGAGAAGAGGACGAAAGAGAGCAAUAAUUCCCCAGAGGGCAUCAGUGUGGACUGGCCAGGCUGGUGUUUUGAUGACGAGAAGGUUAUUGAAUUUCAGGAUUUUGAUGAUACAGACUGGUUUGAACAGACGUUGACCACAAACGAGCACCGGAGAUCAGAGCCGAAGAGAUCUGUGAGACAGGAUGAAGGAGUAUGCAGUGAUGUGUAGUGGAGAUCUAGUGUACUCCGCUCUUUUGACUUGUAAAUGUGUAGAGGGGAGCAGAGUUGUGUUUAAAGCAGUAUAAAUAAUGCACAUUCUGUAAUGUUCUUUUAUAUGUAAAGUUGUAAUCAUGGUCAAAUAGCAAUAUAUAUUAAUAUUACAUUCAUUCUAAUAUAUAAAGUUUGUAUAUUUAUUAAACUUGUUAUCUAUAGUUAGAAAUAUGUGUGCUUAUAUGUAUUUGUGUACAGAAUGUUUUUUUCUUUUUGUCUGUAUAUUAUUUAACAAUGUAUAGCAAUUUUAAAAGACCUGAAUUUUAUGUUCAUAACUUAUAUCUACUGUGCACAAGACAAA